AUGUUGAUUCGUGCCAUAUCUCUUUCUGGUCUACUGGCUACCGCACUGGCCGCCGGCGAUGGCUGGCCGGAACCUUGGCCAUCUCACUGGCGGGAGCCGAGUAGCGAACUCUUUCCUGGUCAACAGGUCCCCUUAACAGCCGAGAACACUGACCCCGAUGGAGGCUGCCGGAUCAGUAACAUCACCGCAAACGAGAUGGUGAAAGGUAGGAAAAUUGUCGACUUCACCACCAAUGCCAUGGGUAGCCUUGAAGAGCCAAAAAUAAAGCCACUCAAUUCUUCCGGUGGGGAGCAGUGGGAGUUUGAUGGAAUAUCCGAGGAUGGCAUGCAGUCUUUCAUCUUCGGCUUCUACCGAGAUCCUAACUACGCCAUCUUGGGAACUGGAAAUCUUCGUCUAUCCAUCGAGUUUGGGUUUGCAGAUCGUACGCGUUUCUCCGAGGUGUAUUACGCGGAGCGGUCUGUGGUCGAGACGUGCUCGAUAGGAACUCGUGGCCUGUGGAUAGACAAGAAGAACGGCUGGCAGUUCUCGUUCCUGGUCAACGCCGCUAUGUCGGAAGCCAUUGUAACUCUGGACUCGGACACUGUCAAAGGCAAGGCUACUAUCAACUCUCGCUCGCAGCCCCUUACCGCACAAGGGAGCGUUUGGCCGAACGAGAACGAUUCUACGGUGACAAUCCCAUAUUAUCACUGGUCGCAGCCCAUCCCAGCUGGAACGGUGGACACCAACGUAGAAGUGAAGGGCAAGCCCGUUCAAUGGAAAGGCAUGGGGGGACACGAGCGGUUCUGGUCCGCGUUCAGCUGGUUUACCACAUUGAGAACUCUCCAAGCCGUACGCGCCAUGCUAGGUCCUUAUGUGCUUAGCUAUUUCUCCUUUACCUCCAAUCUCGUCCCGGAUCUCACACACCAAUCCGUCGUCCUUUUCCAGGACGGGAUCCCCAUAUUCCAAAGCAGGCUCGGAACGGCCUCCGACACGGAAGACUAUGCCCUCGUCACUAAAACGUACGGCGGCGCUGUCACGGGUACCCUGAAAGACAAGGUUACCGGCUUCCAGCUGGAGCUCGUGUCGCCAAGCAAGAUGCGCCACUACACCUUCUUCGCCGAGCACCUCAACGUCGGCUUCGAAUACAUCCUCGGCGAGGGUGUUGGUGGUAGCGGCUUUUCUGCCCAGUCAAGGGGUGGUCAUGUUGGGCUCGACCAGUACGAUGGGGUCGCGCUCACUGAGGCGCUGACGUUCCCUAAGAAUUCACCCCUAUUCAGGAGCAACUAUGUAGACUAA